UAUGGUCAGUCCUUUGUUUCCUUCCUCUGUCCCCACCCCCACCUCGUCUCUUCCAUGGCUCAGGUGGGGAGGAUUUGGAUAGGGCUGUGCGUUCAAGUCAAAGCAGGGGGGCAGCUGGUACCUAUCUUCAGUUCAAACCACUGACUCACCUGUGCGCAAGGGCUUGGUUGCUAAACCCAGGGACUCGUUCUCUGGGGCGUGAAGUCCACCAUUCCCGCUUCUGCAGCUCAGACGCUAAUUCUAUUUUUUCUUCAUUCUUGGGGUGUGUUUGAGGAAGUCAGUGGAGAGGACUUGGGAGUAAAAGAUAGGGGUGGGAGGAUCCCCCUGCUUGAGAAGGUCGUUUUAGCCUAGAACUCACUACCUCGGAACUCAGUAUCCCAGAGAUACAGGGCUCUAUUAGAGCCAAACCCAAGAGGUCGUCCCAGAUCGCUUUUAGAGAGGGGCGGGGUGCAGAAGCUCCCGCCAGAGCUGGCUCCAACACCAGAGUGCGGAGCCCCCAGAGGUCCUAGCGUCCCUCGUGGGACCUCCAGGCUGCUAAGUGGGGACAUGGGCAGAAGAGGGUGCUGCCUUCUCUGCGGAAACCCUGGGGCAGCGCUCUCGGAGCCUGGGAGGUGCGGAGGCGCGGCGACCCGGCCCCGGCGCAGGGCGCGUAGAGCGCAAAGGCUUCGACUCCCGGCUAGGGCGGCGGCGCGCCGGUCACUGCGCGGGGCACAGCCCCGGCGGGCGCCUCUCGGCGGGGACAGGAGGCGCGAGAGCGUGCGCGCGUGCGUGUGCGCCCCCGCCAGGCCUCGGCUCUCAGGCGGAGACUCCGCCGCGCCGCCAGCUGCGCCAGCCUGUUUCCUCUCAGCAGUACUUGGGGAAAGGCGAUUCUUGCCUGGAUCUUUGCAGAGGGGGCCCGCUACCCUCUGGCUACAUCGAUCAGUAGCCCAAGCCAGCCUCGGGUCCCAGGAACCUCCUGCAGCGGUUGGCCGGGUCCUUCCGGCUCCAUCCCCGCCCCGCCCUAGCUCGCCAGGCCCGCCCCCGCUUCUUCUGGCUCUUCAGUACGCGCCUGACUGCGCCUCUGCGCUCCGUUCGCUCUCCCCCUCCUGGCCUCGCGCUUCUUCUCUGCUCCUCGGAGUGGGGCUGCCAGGGUGGAAGAGGAAGACUGAGUCGGUAGUGAGCAAGUUCGGUCCUUGGACAACUCCCGUGCCAGGCUACCGCUGGGCUCAGCUGCAACCUGUUCCUCCCUCGCCCAAGUGCUCGCUCGCCCGCCCGCCCGCUCGCUCCCGCUCUCCCGCCCUCUCACCGGCGCAGCCGCGGAUCGCUGUUGCAUGCUGAUCCGGAGAGGCGGCGGCGGCGGCGGCGGCGGCGAGCGCUCCGGGCGGAUGCUGGCACUCGGGCUUCGCGGCUCUCUGGAUGCUGCUCAACUUCUCUCCCAAGCGCAGGAGCUUUGAAGUCAUUUGUCCCUCUCCGGUUGGAUCGACUUCUUAUUUUGAUAUUUUGGGCGUUGCGGUUUACGCAGCAACCUCAAUACCGCUCUCCCCCUUCUCUCCCUUUCUGUCUCUCAACCUUUGGAUGCGUCUGUGCUGGCAGAUUUAAAGACCCAAGUCUUGGCUGUGGGAUUUCUCAGAUGGACUUGCGGGGGCUGGCGUUAUAAAGCAUGUCACCAUAACCUCGUCCUUGUCUUUUUUUUUUUUUGAAAAGUUCUUUUGUUUUCAUUUUUCCCCUCCCCCCACCAAUAAAUUACCAAACUGUUACCUAGCGGGCCGGUGCCUGCCUCUCUCCCAGAACUAGGUGGUGCGUCUGCCAGAAGAGGAGCUAUGUUUGAAGAGCAGCCUACUCCACCCGUCUCCUCUCCAGUCCCUGAACGCCACCACACACUGGCAUUUUGAAAAAAAAAAAAAAAAA